UUUUCUGCCUCCACUAUGGGGGGGCGGGGGGGGGCGAGAGAAAAAGAUGUCAAUGACCAUUGUUUGCUCGUUUGGGAUAUUGCUCCGCCCCCCGAGUCUGUCGUAAACCUGGCGCCGGACUAAAAUAAACCCCAGAUCCCGCAGCUCUAGGGGCUCGCCGCGCCGCGACUCCUGGUCACAGGCGCUGCCGCCGUGGCCGAGGUGGCGGCGACGAGUGGCCGCCGCGUCCCGCCCGCGCCCGCCCCGGGCCCCCCUACCUGGCCGCCCGCCGAGCCAUGUCGUUGAGCCCCAAGCACACGACGCCCUUCUCCGUGUCCGACAUCCUGAGCCCCAUCGAGGAGACCUACAAGAAGUUCGGCGGCGCCAUGGAUAGCGCGCCGCCCGGCCUGGGGGCGUCCCUGGGGGCCGCGGCCGCCGCCUACCGCGCGCCGCCGCCGGGUCCGUCCUCCCAGGCGGCGGCCGUGGCGGGCAUGCAGCCCCCGCACGCCAUGGCGGGCCACAACGCGGCGGCGGCGGCUGCGGCGGCGGCGGCGGCAGCGGCGGCGGCCGCCACCUACCACAUGCCGCCAGGCGUCUCGCAGUUCCCGCACGGCGCCAUGGGUGGCUACUGCAACGGCGGCCUGGGCAACAUGGGCGAGCUGCCCGCCUACACGGACGGCAUGCGGGGAGGCGCGGCUGCCGCGGCCACCGGCUGGUACGGCGCCAACCCGGACCCGCGCUACUCGUCAAUCUCCAGGUUCAUGGGGCCGUCGGCGGGCGUGAACGUGACCGGCAUGGGGUCGCUGACGGGCAUCGCGGAUGCCGCCAAGUCGCUGGCGCCCUUGCACGCGGCGGCGGCGGCGGCGGCGCCGCGCAGGAAGCGCCGCGUGCUCUUCUCGCAGGCGCAGGUCUACGAGCUGGAGCGGCGUUUCAAGCAGCAGAAGUACCUGUCGGCGCCCGAGCGCGAGCACCUGGCCAGCAUGAUCCACCUGACGCCCACGCAGGUCAAGAUCUGGUUCCAGAAUCACCGCUACAAGAUGAAGCGGCAGGCCAAGGACAAGGCGGCGCAGCAGCUGCAGCAGGAGGCCGGCCUGGGCCCGCCGCCGCCACCGUCCCCGCGCCGCGUGGCCGUGCCGGUGCUGGUCAAGGACGGCAAGCCCUGCCAGAACGGGGCCGGCCCGCCGACGCCCGGCCAAGCCGGCCCGCAGCCGCCCGCGCCGACGCCCGCGCCCGAGCUGGAGGAGCUGUCUCCGAGCCCGCCCGCGCUGCAUGGCCCGGGGGGCGGCCUGGCAGCCCUGGACGCGACCGCGGGGGACUUCGGCGGCGGCACGCUGGGCGCCAACCUGCUCUACGGCAGGACGUGGUGACCGCGCGUGCCGGCGGGGAGGCGCGCCGGGGCGGACUCCGCACGGCGGCCGAGUACGGACGCUCCCUGGAGAGGGGCAGGCUCCAGCCUCUCUGCCGGAGGUGGGACGGCGACCACCCCGGGAUUGAAUAAUGAGUUUCACGCCCGGAGGCUUUGAGGUGGUGAUUUCCUCCUUCUAGAAGUUCCUAAAUUGUGUGAAAAGCCGGCUGAGUCCACAUCCACCACGUCCCUAACCAAAGCUCUCGGAGUUUUAAACGUUGGAAGAAACUUCGUUGGUGUUUGUAGCUCUGCAGAUCAACCCAGCUUUAACAAUGAAUUCUUGAAGUGGAACUUAUCUUGGGAGAUUAAUUUUCGAAGCCCCCGCCCCCCUUAAGUGCAAUUUCAUUAAUGUUUGAUUGAAAGUAAAUUGAAUUGUAGCUCAAGGUGGAUCAUGCACAUAGCAACAUUAUUGCAGAGGAAUUAUUGCCAUUGAGAGAAAUGGAAUAAAAAUAAUCAAAAUACUGCUUAUACGGAUUGAUAUAGCUUUUUAAAUUUAAUGCUGAUUUUGAAAUGUUUUGGUCAUUAUUUGGCAAAUGAGUGUUUGUAUAUUACCCUAAAAAAGGAUUUCUCCCCGUAAGAGGCAGCUCAUUAAAAGAAAGAAGGGUUGUAAACUACUUUUUAUAUGGAAACUGGUCUCCCAGAAUCAACGGAUAAAAUAUAUAACCCUAUCUGGAGUAGACAAACGUUAUUUAUUCUUUGUAAGGUAUUUCCUUGUCUGAAUUUGAAUACCUUGAUGAUGUACUAGAACCAGCAAGCAAAUUUCUAAAAAAGCAAUUAAAAAAAUCUGUAUUUCAGAGCAUGUCAAGAAGAAAGGAUAAGCUGAUUUAUUGAAUUGUAAUCAGUAUGUAAAGAAUGAGUAAAGUAUUUAUAAUUUGCUCAUCACAUGUAGAACUUAGUAGGGGUUACACACCAAUUUUGUUGGUGUUUUCUUGUACAAAUUAUGUAUUUACUCUUUAAUAUGCCAAUUUAUAUUUCCUAUGCUUCAAAAGAAUAUUUAAAUAUAACUUAAAAGAACCUUAAGAACUUUUUUUUUUUGGUAAAAGUCAAGUGGUCAUUUCUUUUUUACUUGGUUGUGUAGGUUUGGUUUGGUUUGGUUUUACACUAGUUGGCAUUAUAUGACAACAUAGCUCCGUUUACUCAUGAUUUAAAUAACUGGUAGCAGAGUAAAAAUACUAAAAGAAAGCUGAAUAAUGUGAACUUAUAAAAUGAAUGAAAAUUAAAGACAUAAUAUAGAUAAAGCAUGAUUCAUAAGUGAACAAAACAAAAUUACCAGAGAUCCUAAACCUCUUCUGCAUUUGAAGUUUGGAAUUAUAGUUUGAAGCAUUUUAUUUCACUUCAUUGUUUGAGCGUUUUUCUGAAUGUGUAAGGUGAAUUCUUAAGAUGUUUUAGAUGUAGCACUUUCUCUAAAUGUAUUUUAUAUAACUAAUAAUAAUUUUUAAAACUCAAGUUCCUUUCACAAAGGGGAAAAACACUAAAGAAGCAAGGAGAUCAGGCUUUAUCAAGGGGCUGUGAAUGUUUUUUUGCACAAUAAUAAUUGACUUCAAACAUUUAACAUACAAAAGAAUUUGAGAAGAAAAAAUAACACGAAAACGGUGCCAUACACCUUCGGAAAAUUCUCCCAUUGUGGGCUUUUGCAUAUUCAUAGAAUUGACUUUGAAAAUGUUAGCCAAGUUAACAUAACUAUAGCUGAUGUGCCAAAUUUUAAAGUGCUUGUUUAUUGAUUUGAUUCUUCAUAUUAGUACCAGAAUUCUGAAAUUUUACUUCUAGAAGAUGUGUUCCAAAAGUUCAUAUGGUUUGUAAUUUUUUUUUUUUUACAGCCCAAUUAUUAACAAAAACAUAGCUAUGGACUAAGGACUCCAAGUAACAUAUUUAAAGAAAAUAAAUAUUCACAGACAGUUUUUUCCUUGAUAA